UCGGACGUUUUAAUAACAAUUCCUCUUUUUUCGGUUGCAGCAUGUAUUUUAGAGUUAAUAUUGUAGUGCCUCGUGUUAAUGCGUUAAACUCAAUAUUAAACCAGUUUAAAAUCUCUGUUGUCAAUGGUUAAAUUGAUCUGGAAUUAGUCGAGCGCUAGAUUUUCUUUGGUAAAUAUAUCACUGAUAGAAAAUUCUUUGAUUAAUAAGAAGUUUAGCACUUAUGUGUAUUGAAUGAACUUUGACAUUGAAAAGUGAGAAUCAAGGAUGUAGUUCUUUGGUAUAACUCUAUGCAAAAUGAAUAUGAUUGUUGGAAACGGAACUAAUAGUAGUUCCUCGCACACUUCAGGUGUUCUACCAUCCUCAUCCCAUCUACAUACACGUCCUUCUCCUCCUCCUGCUCAUGUCACUCAGCUGACCUCCUCACCGUCCCUGGGACAGACCCAGCAUGUGGUUCAACUUCACCCUCCACCCAGUUCCCAGGGUAGAGAAUCGUAUGCACUCCAGGCUUCACAGGAAAGAGAAGGAUAUGCCCCCUCUGCUACCCAAGGAAGAGAGUCCUAUCCUCCUCCCACGCAACAGGGAAGAGACCAAUACACUCCGCAUGGUAGAGAUUCCUCCUAUGUCCCACAGGGUCGGGAGCCAUCCUACUCUCAGCAAGGUCGGGAGCCAUCUUAUUCCCAGCACGGUAGGGAACCGUCCUACUCCCAGCAGGGUCGGGAACAAUCGUAUUCCCAGCAAGGUCGGGAACCAUCUUACGCCCCGCAGGUUAGGGAUCAGACCUACGCUUCACACGGCAGGGAACCUACUUACUCCCGUCAUGUACCGAUGUCUCCGCACAGAUCUACUUCUCGUAGCCGAGGACACUCUUCCCGUAUGAAUAUAUCUCACUUCCCCAGCUCACUCCCUCUCAUGUCUCCAAGUCCAGCACAUCAACUUCUUUCUAAUAAUGUAAACUCUCCUAGUCUUAUACCGCAGAACAUACCUCAGAGUUUUCUGCCUCAGCUCCCUCUGAAUAUAUCUCCUGUCCCGCGUUCUCCUCAACUCCGUGUUGGAUCUCCCGCUCCCUCGGACAACGUUAUACUGCACCCUCAUGCCUUUAAAAAGUUGACUAGACCCUCUACAGGAAUAGAAGACGACGUCGAGGUUCACGACUCUCCUCCUAAUGUAGGACGAAGAAAUCUGGUUUCUCCGAGACACAGAGAAAGGCGAAACUUUUUCUCUCAUGUUGCUCUACAGGACCACAACUAUUGUGCAGUACCGCCUCCAUCCCCUCCACGCUCCCCGACCCCGCCGCUGUCCCCUUCUUCACAUCUCGUUAAUAUGGGUGGGCACUCCGCCCCCUCACAGGAACCACAAGUUAACGACGAGCAGUCUUUCAGUUUUGGUAUCGCUGGUUAUAAGGCGGGCGGUAGCGGUCCAAGUAUAGGAGCGUAUCCUUCCCCUCAUUACUCCGGUCCUCAGGUUCCCCAGCUCCCUUCACCUCACUCCAGGCUCAAACAAACCAUUGAGGAGGCGGGAGUAGGACCCAUGACUCCUCUCGGAGAAGAGCAGACGAGUCCAAUGUCUGGUGACAAAUCUAUUGACAGUCGACCUUCCCCUGACCGAGAUGGCGGGGAGGAGACUGAAACUGCUCCUGAAGCUGAAGAUGAGGGAACCGAGGAUGCAGUAACCCGGUGCAUUUGCGAGUUUUUACAUGAUGACGGAUUUAUGAUCUGCUGUGACAAAUGCUCGGUUUGGCAGCAUGUUGUUUGUAUGGGACUGGAUAAGAACAGUCUCCCGGAUGAAUAUCUUUGCGAGAAAUGUCAACCUAGGCCAGUGGACAAGAAGCGCGCUAAAGGGCUGCAACGUGCACGGGAGAAGGAGAUCUAUAAAACCUUAAACCUGGAUAGCUCUGAUGAUGAGAAGAAACCUGGUUCUGGACCUGGAAUUCUUAAAGGACGUAAACCCGGUAUUAGGAAAGGUUUAGGAAUGAGAAAGUCUGGACCGAUAGAGAAGAGACCGGAGAAGAAGGUUCUCAAGAAACCCGGCAAACGACGAAGUUUAAAGAUGGAGACGGGAGUAGCUGUUAAACCUGAGAUGGGGAUAGUUAAGAAACCUUCUCCGAAAAAGAAUCCCCGACGGAAGUCUGUGAGCGCAACAGAUGUAGAGACGGAAGAGGAAAAUCAGAAUGAUCCGAUGGCGCUGAGGUCUUGGAUUGAUACAUACGAGGAGGCUGUAACUAACCACUACAGUCCAGAACUGAGGGCAAGGUUGCAGGGAGCAAAGCUUCCAAACAACCAGUUCAAACCAAAAGAGGUCAACGGAAUUAGGGAAAGGUGUAAUGUGAGCCUUCGCGGAAACGGAGUAAAGGUCCUCACAGCAAACUCCUUUAUUCCCGCCAACACCCCGGUCAUUGAGUUCCGAGGGAAGUACAUGUUGGCCAGCCAACUGAGCAGCCGAGGACGGGCGGCUGAAUACGUUCUAUUUCACAAGAUUAGUUCCGACCUGGAGGUUUGUGUUGACAGUAAAACCUACGGGAACGAUAGCAGAUUCUGUCGCAAAGCCGAAACAAAGUCUUCAGAAUUCAAUGCUGAGGUUAAACAUCACCUGGACAAAGGAAGUCUUCAUCUAUAUCUCGUCUCAACUAAACCCAUUGAGAAGAACCAAGAGAUUCUUCUUCCCUCUGAAACUAAAAAUGGUAUCCUUCCUCCCCUCUCUAUCCAGGAUGAACUGCGACAGAUCAAGAAGGUAAACGGACUGCUGGAUGAGAAGAAGGUGAGGAAGAACGUGAACGUGAAAAGAAGAUUGAAACGUGAAUCUGUGAAGAAAGAAUUGUGCGACUCUAGCUCGGAAGAUGAUACUCCUGUGAGUAUACGGAAGACCAGAUCCAAUAUUCUAGAUAAACACUCGGAGAAAAGUGUAAACUUUGAUCUGAAACCCAAGGAACCUGAAAAGCCUGUGAAAGAAAUUGUAAAAAAAGAGGAAAUCGUUGUUAAAGAGGAAUUAUUGGUUCAGGAAACCAAGGAAACCGUUAAGCCUGAAACUAAGAAAAGUUUACGUAUUGAGUUGGAACCGUCCGAGAUGAAAGCAGAUAAAUUGAAGGAGCUUAAGAUCGAAAUUAAGGAAGAAAAUGUUGUAGUCCCAAAUGUAUGCGAUGAUGCGAAACCUGGUGUAAGGACGAGUAAUUCGGAUUACUCCAAGGAGAUGAAAUCCCCUGAAGAAACCGGAUUAACCACUCCCGCUAAAUCUCCGGGAAAACCUGUAUUAGGUUUACCCGAUCAGACCGGGUUAAUAGUUGGAGUCAAUACGAUCAACUAUGAUGUUGGAUUGAGAAAUAAAAGCAAAACCAGAGAAGAAAAGAAGAUGGAAAUGAUUCUCAAAGCAAUCGAGGCAAUGGAGAGAGCAGAGGCGAGGAAGAAAUCUGAGAAUGGAGAGUCUGGAUCUGAGAGAGUACCCGGAAAACGGCGAAGAUCGAACUCGAUGAAGAAGGAUAAUCCUGACUCAAACCUCGACGGAUCCUCUGGUGAUGAGGCCGAAACAGAUUCAAAACUAGAGAGACAGAAGGUCGCUAAAGGGAAGAGACGAAGAAACCUUAGUAUGCGACGACGAAGCCGUGCCAAGAGCGGAGACAGUACCUCAGCUAUGUCCGGAGACGAGGGUGGAGCAACUCCAAACAUUGAUAGCGAGUCCAAUCUCACUCCCGGAGAGAACCAGCCUUUCAAGUUCCCGUUCAAGAAAUCUCAGGCUCAGGAGGUUUUUAAUGUGGACAGCGAGGAUGUUGACGAUGUAUCCGGGCAUUAUAUCCGGGGUUCAAGGUCUCCCCCUGGUAUAGCAAACCAUCUACUCAGAUCUGCUGUAACCAACCACGCGGGACAGAAGUCCCCCACUAAGAAUAUUGGGUGUUCUGCUAAGAAGCGCUGGUUGAGAGCAGCGAUGUCUGAAGAUCAUAGUGAGGAUAGUCUAGGAGCAGGACUACCAGGUUCUAGUCCUGGACAACCUGCUGCAGGGUGUAGUCCAGCCCAUCCUGGUGGUGCUAGUCCCGAACCAGACUAUACUCCACUCAAGAAACGCCGUCUUGCCACCUAUAAUGAAUCUACAGAGGAGAAAGGACGAGAAACGGCGUUUCAAGAGGAAAAAUCUAAACAAGCUCAAGUAGCUGAAAAGAUCAAAUCUUUGCCGAACGGUUUGAAGAAAAGACUGAUUUCCAACCUUCUCCUUCAGGACAUCCUUCCCGACACUCCAGACAUAAUAGAGAAGGAAAUCGAGAAAGAGAUGGAAAAAGAAAUGGAGAAGAAGAAAGAGAAAGAAAAGGAGAAAGAGAAAGAAAGG